AUCUUGAAGAGCACCUAUGUUUGAUGCAGCACUUUGAUGCAUCUGUCAAGACGAACUGACUGACUUGGUUUAACAAAGACAUUAAGGAUUUUAUAAACCAGGAAAGAGUCAACAAUCAACAUACAUCUUUGACUUUUUCAUUAGAUGUAUGUUUUGGAGAACUCCUUCAGAUAUCUUGCCGUGUUCUGAGACCCUCCACAACUGAAGAGUCUGUACAGCAGCUCAGGAUUGUGAUCCGCACGACAUGGAGCUAUGACCCACAUGGAAGAGCAAGACUUCAGCAACUACAGUCAGGAUGAAAGCCCCAAUGACAGCUGGUCCUCCUGGUUACAGACCAUGAACUAUGUGGGUCAGUUGGCGGGCCAGGUGUUUGUGCAGGUCAAGGAGCUGUACAGAGGACUCAACCCUGCAACCCUGUCUGGAUGCAUAGAUGUCAUCGUAGUGCGGCAGCCUGAUGGCUCCCUGCAGUGCUCCCCCUUUCACGUCCGCUUCGGCAAGAUGGGUGUGCUGCGGUCCCGUGAGAAAGUGGUGGAUAUAGAGAUUAAUGGAGAGCCAGUGAGCUUACACAUGAAGCUGGGAGAGAAUGGAGAGGCCUUCUUCGUCAAAGAGACUGAGAACACCCUGGAAAUAGUUCCGUCCUACCUUGCGACAUCACCCAUCAUGUCAACAGGGGAGGAGUUAAUGGAGUCCCAGCUGGGCAGGGGCAGUUCUCGUCAUCAUGACACCAUGCCCUGCAGCUCACUUCCUAUCCAGAGCUUCGGGCCACAGCAAAGUGAUGGUGGGAUGACCAAGAAGAGGAGGAAGAGGAGGAGGAAGGCAAGGCCAGAGGCAGGCGGAGGAGGAGGAGGAGGAGGGAGGAGAGAAGAGAGUGGGGAAGAGUUCUCAGAGGAUGAGGACAUGUUUACAAUUGACUUGAGCUCGGAUGAGGAAAGAGACGAUGACGGCAGCAGGCCUGUGUACGGUGAUCAGGGGUCAACAGGCAACAUGCACACACGCCUCAGCACAGAUUGGACCCGUUCACAGAGUAAUGUGAUUAAGGAGACUCUCUCCAUCCCUCAGCCCCAUGGUCUGUCCAUCUCUUGUCCUCAGCAGACCACUCACUUCUCUUCCCUUGUUAGCAGUCUAGACGAUUCGAGGUCAUCAACACCGAAGAGCGACUCAGAGCUAACCAAUCAGAACAAAGACAAUCCUGAGAUGCUGUGGACCUGGGGUGAGCUGCCACAGGCUGCCCAGCCGUCCUUCCUGACUUCCCACCAGAACCAGGACCCUGUCACAGCAGUCUCCAUCCCAUUGUCUGCCAGCACUCACUUCAGAGCCAUCAGUGACACUGGACCCCCCUCCCUCACUAUUUAUGCUCCCCAGCCAGGGGAGACAGCUGCUCAAGAAGGGGGCAAGGAAGCUGAAGAAAGCAAAACUGAAGUCAGGGUCAAAUUAACCACUGAGUCUGGGGACGGGGCUGGAGGACAGCAAGGGAGAGAAGUGGAAAGUGUUGGGCCAUCAUGUGCAGAGAUGGAGGGUUUGACAGCAUGCUCAGUGUCACCCAGGAUUGUCCCUGAUCAUCUGGAUGGAUGCACAAAUAGAGGAAGUCCCAUCAAAAGAACUGAUUCACCGUCCAAGAAGAAAGAAAAGAGAAGCCAACACCUGGGUGCUGAUGGCAUAUACCUGGAUGACAUUACAGAGUUGGAGCCUGAAGUAGCUGCACUCUACUUCCCUAAAAGUGAUGGAGGCAGUAGCUCCAUGAGGGGAGACUCAGAGAUGAUGAUGAUGGGAGUGCGGAGCGCUAAUCAGUCCCCACAGUCAGUGGGCAGCAGUGGGAUGGACAGCGGCGUAGACAGUUUGUCUGAUCAAAUAGGGGACCUGCCUCAUGUUGCUAUCUCUUUGUGCGGAGGACUCACUGACAACAGGGAAAUUACAAGAGAGCAGUUCCAGGAGAGGGCAAUUUCCUACCAGCAGUUCUCUGAAAACCCUUCUAUUAUCGAUGACCCCAACUUGGUGGUCAAGAUAGGAAACAAGUACUACAACUGGAACACAGCAGCUCCUGUCAUGCUGGCCAUGCAGGUCUAUCAGAAACCACUACCACAGGCCUCAGUGGAGAACAUCAUGAAGGAGAAGAUGCCAAAGAAAGGAGGACGUUGGUGGUUCUCAUGGAGGAGCAGAAACAGUGACUCCAAAUCAGAAUCCGUGACAGAGGCAGGAGGAGACAGAGGAGAGAACUCACUCCCUAUGUCCUCAGAAAACAGGAUGAAGGAUGAGUCAUCCUCCAGUGAUGAGGACCACAGAUCUUCCAAUCAGGUGUCAGGAUCUUGCCAGUCAGAACUUCUCAUGAGUUCUGGCAACAUCUACUAUAAGAAGACUCUUCGGCUCACAUCAGAGCAACUGGCUAGCUUGCAGCUGAAGGAGGGACCUAAUGAUGUGGUGUUCAGUGUGACCACUCAGUAUCAGGGCACCUGUCGCUGCAAUGGCACAAUCUAUCUUUGGAGCUGGGACGACAAGAUCAUCAUUUCUGAUAUCGAUGGAACCAUCACCAGAUCAGACACGCUGGGUCACAUCCUCCCCACACUGGGUAAAGACUGGACCCACCAGGGUAUUGCACGGCUCUACCACAAAGUCAGCCAGAAUGGAUACAAAUUCAUGUACUGCUCUGCAAGGGCCAUUGGCAUGGCUGAUAUGACACGAGGCUACCUGCACUGGGUCAAUGAGAGGGGAACCAUGCUGCCAAUGGGCCCUGUGCUGCUCAGCCCUAGCAGCCUUUUUUCUGCCUUGCACAGGGAGGUGAUUGAGAAGAAACCAGAGAAGUUUAAGAUUGAGUGUCUCACAGACAUAAAGCACCUUUUCCAUUCAAACACUGAACCUUUCUACGCUGCUUUUGGCAACAGAGCCACGGAUGUAUAUUCCUAUAAAGAGGUGGGUGUUCCUCUGAACAGGAUUUUCACUGUCAAUCCCAAGGGGGAGCUGAUACAGGAGCAAGCCAAAACCAAUAUUUCCUCCUUUGGGCAUCUGUGCGAGAUGGUUGGCCAUGUCUUCCCAGUCCUAGUUCGAGAUGAGAGAGAAAACCUCCCUUGCUCAGACACCUUUGGCCAAUGCAAAUAUUGGAGCGAACAUCUUCCUGAUGGCACCAAUGAGGAGGAAGAAGACUCACAACCACUUGAGACAAGCUGAGGAAACCCCAUCAAACCCAGCACUAAAGACGCUCUGUUCAGCAUAUCUGCACAUCACAGUCAGUCACGACACUGUGGUCAGUGGUUUUGUGAUUCAACAUGAAGCCAGCAGCCCAGAUUAAGAGCAAAGAUGCUUGUAGAUUAUUUUAGAAUAAAAAAACAUAUUUAAGAACGGCAUGGGGAACAGCCUUCAAGCCUUUCCUUACACUAUACCUGAUAACCGAACAGCUCAAAGACUAACUGCAACUACUGAUUGAAGGUAGAUGAAUGUGUUUCGAAUUUAUUACACAAACAAAUCACCAUGCCAUCAUUGAAUGGUGAGAACACAAGGAGACCUAGGGAUUCAUUACAAAAAAGACUGUUAAGUUACAAAGAGAACAAACAAAAAAGAAUAAAUCUUUUUUUUAGUUCUACCUGAGGAGUCCUUGACACAAACUCACAUAUCUUACCAUUGAAAGUGCACUGAUUCACAGAUACACACAGAUAGACACACACAGUAUAGCGUUAGGCAUUCCACAGACAAAGCACAACACUGCAGAACAUAGUAUAAUCUCUCUCUCCCUAAGAGAUGCAGGCAUGUCUAUCUUAAAGUAAUUGUUUAAAACCACUAAAACAUAAAGACUCAUAAUGUGAAUUAAAAAAACAAAUAAUUUUGCAGAAAUUCUGCUGCCUAAGACAACUGGGUUCCACAAUUGACAAUAGAGUACAAUUUAGCUUUUCAGAUAUCAAAUUAACGUAUUGCUGCAUCUCUCAUUUCUUAUCCUGUUUAAGGAAGAAAACUGUCUUUUUACCCAUCACACACAAUAUAUUUACCAAAUAGUAAGUAUAGCCUCAGGACCAUGACUUAAGUUUUUCUUGGUCCAUGUGGCUAUAGUAUUUUUUUCCUGACCUCAAGUGCAGUGAACACAACACAGCACUUGUUGCAAAAAUAGCACAGAUAGUAUAUCCAGUCUUCUGUGCCAAACUCCUUUACAGGUCCAGGUAAAUGUGUGUGGUCUUCAGACCGUGCUACUGUGAAAGAUGUGACUUUGGCACAUUUUCUAACUCAUGUUCAGUGACAAUACUCAAGGUAAAUGCAGGACAAUGCAAAUAACUUUAGUCUGUGUUUUUUCCGUCUGUUUUUAUACAUGCAAAUAAAUUAACACCAGUGAUAUGCUAGAAUGUAGUAUAUAAAUCACUCAGAGUGUAUGUUAUUCUAAUGACUAAUGCUCAUCAAUGCAAUGACUGGAUAAGCCCAUACAGGUCAUACAUUUUCAGUUUUGUAAUGUUACUGCACAGAUCAGUGUACAUUUAUGUACAGCACUAAUCUUUCCUCUUGUAGCGAAUUAAUGCAGUAUAUUCAGAUGCUGUAAGGUUCUCUCCUUACAAACACAUCUAUUUUUGUCAUUUGUACAUUUUCAUUUUUUAUCAAAUAUUUGUUUUCAUUUGUUGAUUUGUUUGUUAGAUUAACUCUCACCUGUUUACCUUUACCACAUGUAUAAUAACUUAAAAUGGGGGAAACCACUGUAAAUAAUGAAUAACAUACAUUUUUGUGAAUAUAUGAAGUCAACUUUAAACUUCUGCUGAUCUUUUGAGGGCUGAUAUAUUGUCUAAAAUACUUUGUUCCUGGUGCUCAUUCAAAUGCACUUGCAGCAGUUUUAUGCUUUACUAUAAAUGUCCUUUAAACCAGCUGCCUCCUGUUGCACUAAGAGGUGGCAGUCUCACUACAUGACCACUACUUUAGAGGUACCUUAGGAAAGGAUGAAUUAGAUGCCUCCUGAUGUAACAUCAGCUGUUAAUCCUACCUAACUAUAGCAGCUUUUAAAAAACUUCAGAUACAGAAGAGAACUGUCAACCCACGUAAAACCUCCUCUGUUCAGAUUAAAGCAAAAUUGGACAGCAGCAGCACAUGCCUGACAGCUUUAUAAAAAAAGUUUCUACUUUUCCCUCAACUACCUGAUUUAAUUCUCAAAGUAAUUCACCAGAUUUUAGUUUAAAUUUAACAAGGAUUUUUGUAAUCUGAUAUUAACUUCUACUCUUAAAAAAAGGUGAAAUCAAAAUACUGUGAACAAGCCCUCUGACUGAUUUUGACUGAGUCUGUUUUACUGUUAUAUACUCUUUGUGUGUAGGAUAGAUAUGUCAGAUGUUAAGCUGUGAUUGACUAAAGAAAGACUAAUCAGAAAUGAACCUUUAAUUGGAUCUUAAACUGUUAUUAGGCCAUAAUUUGUGUAAGGACGCAUGCUGUUGUAAUAUUAAGAUGCAUAUUUACAUGGAUGUAUUGAUCGCUGUCUUGUCACCUGAUCUUAGUGAGGAAGUACAAAAAAGAAAAAAAAAAGACUUCCUUAUCUCUUACUUAUAUGAUAAUUUCCACAAAUGCUGUGAUAAAACUUUAUGAGGCUUAGCUAUUGAGGCUUUGACAUCAGUUAUUGUAAUCAGUCAAAAAUGUGCAGAUCUGUUAAUUUGUAAUUAUUUGUAAACAGCCAAAAGCACACUAAUCUGCGUGAGGUUAUCAACACUUCAUGAUCACAUCAACAUCCUUCUGUCACAGUUUUUCCUGAUCAUUAUGUGACAGCUUUUUUUUUGUAAUUAUAGCACAAAGAUCUCUUAAUUAAAAUAACUUACAUAUGAAAUAUGGAGGUCGACAGUAAGCAAAGAUCGUUUUUCUUUUUAUUGAAAGUAAUGCUCUUCCCAAAAUUUUAGAGUAUAUCAUCUUUUUGAUGAUCUCAAUCAUCUUAAUUCUUUCUGUGAAAGAGCUAUUAAAACUCUUGACCAGUUAUCCAGUUUGUCUCUGUGUUGACAUGGAUGUUGAUCCAGUUUGUUGUCCCAUGUAAAGAUUAUGUUUUGGCCGCUAAGCAGGAGCCUACCAAGCAGUGUGCAGUGCAAAUGUUAACAAUGUAAUUUGAAUAAAUCUGCAGUGGACACAUUUUUCAAUAAACUCAAAGGUGAUGAUUGCUA